AUGUCAAUCCAACUUAUCCGGUACUUCCCUGUGGCUCAGGAACAGAGGCUGUGCCUUGCAUGCGGAAGGCCCCGGGUUCUGUCCCCGGCAUCUCCAGCUGAAAAGCUCCAGGCGGCAUUGGAAAGGAUCGGGUGGGUGAUUCUGAAUCUGCAAGCUACGUCUAGUCAAUCCAGUCUCCUAAAGGACUACUCCCUCCCCAACUCCAGCUGGAGCAAAGACAUGAUGGACGAGUUUGAGAAGUUCAUGGAGAUGUGUGAAGACGAGACGUGGAGACGGAUCCCUUCUCAUAGGUACUUGGAAAAGAAUAUUUCAGAAUGGACAGGGAAGGCGCUCCAGGAGGAGGAGGAGGGAGAAAAGAAACAAGAGACCCGGUUCUUUUGCCGAAACAUCGACGGCGAAGGCCUGGGGUUUGAAUAUGUGAUGUUCUUCAACCCAUCUGAGAAAAGGGUGGUAUGCCUUUUCCAGCCAGGGGCCUACCUGGAGAGUUAUGCAGGUUUGGUGCACGGCGGUUGCAUCGCAACCAUUCUCGACAACAGCUUCACAGCAUGCGUCAUCUCCCUCGUUGGCAGAGGCUUCGUGGUGAAUCUCAACGUCAACUACAAGAGCCCCAUCUGGCUGGGUUCCAUGGUUGUGGUGGACACCAGAAUGGACAAGAUGGAGGGAAGGAAGAUGUUCCUGUCUGGCCAGGUGAGGAGCAAAGAUGGACAGACCCUUCACGCAGAUGCCACAGCUCUGCUCAUCUUAAGGGAUUCAAAGAAGUCAUUUCCAUAA